CGGGAAUUCAGUUUACGAAUUCUGUGCGAAGUAUUAUGUCGUCGAUUGGCGGCGAUUUGAAAAUCCCAUCGUAGAUAAUAAUAAAUAUAAUCCCUGUGAUAUCGGGAGAAAAUUUUUGGACGAUCGGCUAAAGGAGUGACAAGAUGAUAAAAGUCGAUGAGGAUGAUCCCGUAGGUGAAAUCGAACUCAGUUUCCCCUAUAGAGAAGUCCAAAUCAAAAGGGGCGUGGAUCCCAAGGAUUUAUACACUUUGGAAGAAGAAAUAGGAAGGGGGAAAUUCGGUACGGUAUACAAAUGCACGGAAAAAUCCACCGGUUUAUCUCUAGCAGCGAAAUUCAUAGCAUGCCCCAAAAAAGAAGAUCGAAGAAAUGUCGAAAGGGAAAUCGACAUAAUGCGAUCCCUCCAACACCCUAGACUCAUACAAAUAUACGAAGCGUUCGAAAACGGCAAAGUAAUGACGGUCAUUUUGGAACUAAUCCAAGGCGGCGAAUUAUUCGAGCGCGUCAUCGACGACGAUUUCAUUUUAACCGAGAAAAGCUGCACGGUGUUCAUGAGGCAAAUUUGCGAAGGGAUCGAUUUCAUACACAAACAGAGGAUACUACAUUUAGACAUGAAGCCGGAGAAUAUACUUUGUCUGACGAAGACGGGCAACAGGAUAAAAAUCAUCGAUUUCGGGCUGGCGAGGAAGUUCGAUCCCAGCAAGAAGCUGCAAGUGCUGUUCGGUACGCCGGAAUUCGUGGCGCCCGAGGUGGUGAAUUUCGAAGAGAUCGGCUACGGGACCGACAUGUGGUCGGUCGGAGUCAUCUGCUACGUGCUAUUGUCCGGUCUUUCGCCUUUCAUGGGCCACACAGAUGUAGAAACCAUGGCGAAUGUCACCAUAGCAAAAUACGAUUUCGAAGACGAAGCGUUCGAGGAAAUAUCGGAGAACGCGAAAGACUUCAUCAGAAAGCUGCUCGUCAAAGACAUGAGCAAGCGCCUAUCGGCCGCCGAGUGCCUAAACCACGCGUGGCUCGUCGCCAAGAAGAAGCCCUCCUCGAAGGCGCCGCUCGCGAAGGCCCCCAGCAUGGACGUCACCAAAGACAAUCUCAAGCAGUUCGUGGAGCGCUGGAACGACCACCCGAACUCGCCCUACAUAUUCGAGAUCGGCCAUCGCGCCGUCUCGCCGUCGAUGCUGCCCGCCGGCGGCCGCAGCCUCUCCGGCUCCAGCCAGAGUCUAAUCGGUGAGUCGCCGUCCCCGUGCGGAUCUCUCGCCUCGUCGGGUUCGGACGGGGCGUUCGCGUCCGACGACCACGAAGCGCGUGUGGAUUCGAUCGCUCCGGUGGAGCACGCGAGAAGGGCCUCGGAUAGCACGUGCAUCGUGAAAUCCAACGACAUCGCCGAGCGCAUCAACCUAGCCGAGGAGAUCAGGAAGCUGUCCGAUAAGCUGUUGCAGCUCUCCAAUCUGAACGUCAACGGUGAACCGAUGAAAGCGGAAAUCGCUAAAGAGGAGAACGUCGUGAGGAGCGUUCCUAUCACGAUAACGGGCGCUAGGCACCGCGGAAGCGAUAAUUCGGGGGUGCCUUGGAGGAAGCCCAAGUUCAGAGUGACCAACAUGUCCAGGGAUGUGCCUAGUAUACAGAAAUUUCCCGGUAAAAGCGGGUCGUUGAGCAGCCCGAACGGCACGAAGGACUUGCUGUUGCAGCUGCUGGAGCAAUGGGACGGGCACAAGAGUCGCACGAAGCACUUCAUGCGGAACGGGUCGUUCUCCACGGAGACGGAGAACGAGAAUUCGGGCCAGAGGACGGCGAUCAGUUCGUUGAAUAAUUUUUUCCAGUCGAGAGCGACUAGCAAACUGGCGCCAUCGAGAUCAUCGGCUGAAGAAACAAUGAACCAUCCGUGGCUGGGCAUGGACACAAUUCAUCCUGAAUCGAAGAUCGACACGUCCAAAUUGAAGAGAUACGUCAUCAAAAAGCGUUGGAUAAAGGCCGUUAACACGAUAAUAGCCUUGAAGAGAAUGGGCGCCAAGAUCGAUACGGAUCUCAUACACAACGAUCUUCUAACAACCUUGUAAAGUCGCUUGUACAUUGCGAAUUUUUAUGUUACACCGAUAAAAAAAUGUGUGCUUUCUUUGGCGGGUUGAUAACUUGUACAAUAUUUGUACUCUACACUCAACCGGUAAUUGUUGAUAGUGGGGUCACUGAAUCUAGUGCUAAACGUAUUACAAGAAAAAUUAUACAGUUUGAUGCAUUUUAGUCUAUGGGUGCAACAAAAGAAAGGGUGAUAUUGUGUCAUUGCCACUUUCUCACUCUAGCAACUGUUAUUUUAAUGAUCUAAAACAAUCUUUCUUUGUUCAACUCAUAGCAGUGACGUUACUGGAAACAAUUAUUGGUAUUACAACAUUAUAUUGCAUCAUUAAUAAAACAUUCUAGUCACCUCUGUUCCUAUUCCAUUUUGUUAAAUCGUAUUAACAUUGUUGUAAAUAAAACUUAAUGAUAAUAGCCGAUUUUUUUACUAUAAAAAACACGCCAUUUACUUAGCAAAAAUCGUGUUUA